CUGGCCGCCAUGCUGCUCCGAGCAAAUCGAUUCCUUUCGAGCUAUGGAGCAGAGCUUUCGGUGGAUUGGAUCGUGCCAUCUAUGUCAUUGAGCUAGCAUCGCACGUUCCCGUCGCGGUCUCUUGUGACAGUGUUAAUAAGACCUGCGUCCCAACCUCGUUCUGAUUGCUGCCUGUCAUUCUCCGUCGAAAACCUUACCGAAAAGAGAGGUCUCCUUGCUUCUUGAAACAUCGUUGCUGAAAAUGGCUCUCGCUGCUCAUCUAGAUCCGGACGUCCUGGUCGAGCAGCUCAAAGACGCACCCCACUCUCAUCGAGGAAAGCACACGAGACUGGUGACUGAUGCGUCUGGAACGCCGUACACGAGUCGUUACAAUGCAGUCACUCAUCUUUCGAAGCAUCGCAUCCCGCGCGAAGGCGCGCCUGCCGACGCCAUAGCCCAGAUGCUGAGGGACGAGCUGGACCUGGACGGCCGUCCCAAUCUCAAUCUUGCCAGCUUCGUUGGAACGUACAUGGAGGAGGCCGCCGAAAAGCUGAUGAUAGAGAACCUGAACAAAAACAUGAGCGACGCGGACGAGUACCCGGCCAUGAUGGAUAUUCACGCGCGAUGCGUUUCGAUCAUUGCAAACUUGUGGGGAGCCCAGAAAGGUGAGAAGCCAAUCGGCACGGCGACGACGGGCUCCAGCGAGGCCAUCCACCUCGGAGGGCUCGCCAUGAAGCGACGGUGGCAGGAGAAGCGGAUGGCCGAGGGCAAAGACACGUCGAAGCCCAACAUCAUCAUGGGUGCAAAUGCCCAAGUGGCCCUCGAGAAAUUUGCCCGAUACUUCGAAGUCGAAGCUCGCAUUCUGCCGGUGAGCGAGAAAAGCAGGUUCAGGCUCGAUCCGGAGCUCGUUCGACAAAACGUCGACGAGAACACCAUCGGCGUGUUCGUGAUCUUGGGAUCCACCUACACCGGCCACUAUGAGCCCGUGGAGGAGAUCUCCAAGAUCUUAGACGAGUACGAGGAGAAGACGGGAAUCGACAUUCCCAUUCACGUGGACGGCGCGUCAGGAGCUUUCAUCGCCCCGUUCACGCACGCUCAGGCCGGAUUCAAGUGGAACUUUGAACUGCCGCGUGUGAAGAGCAUCAACACGUCGGGCCACAAAUUCGGCCUUGUCUAUGCCGGCCUCGGCUGGAUCAUCUGGCGCGACGAGAAAAUGCUGCCCAAGCACCUGGUCUUCGAGCUGCACUACCUAGGCGGCACUGAAGAGUCGUACACGCUCAACUUCUCCCGGCCAGGAGCCCAGGUCAUCGCGCAAUACUACAAUCUCAUGCACCUGGGCUUCAAGGGGUUUCGCUCGAUCAUGGAGAAUUCUCUCGCGAACGCGCGAUUGCUGAGUCGCGCCUUGGAGAGAACUGGCUGGUACAGGUGUGUGAGCGACAUCCACCGCAAGAAAGGCGACUUCUACUAUGACCGUGAGAGUGCGAUGAACAAACCUUUCGUUGAGGGGGAUACGACGGAGGCAUACAAUCCGGGCCUGCCAGUGGUCGCCUUCACGCUGACGGAUGAAUUCAAGAAAAAGUAUCCGCACGUUAAGCAAGCGGCAGUAUCAAACCUGCUACGUGCCAAGCAGUACAUUAUACCAAACUACCCCCUUCCGCCAGUUGAGGACAAGACUGAGAUCCUACGUGUUGUUGUGCGCGAGUCUAUGACCAUGGAUCUGCUGGACCGCUUGGUCGCAGACAUCUGCUCGGUCACGGAGACGCUGAUGGAGUCUGAUGUGAUCGAUCUGCAAGCGUGGCAGCCAUUCUCGAAGAGCGUAGAGAAGCAACACGCGAGUCUGGGCCAGGACGCGAAGAACAAGCAUAAGGCGAGGCACCCGAUGGGUCAAGGUGUUCACAGAUCUGUCUGUUAAAUGGUGUCUGGACGUAGCAAACAAGCCACGUGUGAGCUGGCGUACAAGCGUCUGGACGUUCCUCAAAGCCUCUGACGGCGAAAAGGGAAGGGGAAAAUGAUAGCAUCGAAAAGAAAAGAAUCAAGGCUAAUUUGUCAGAAAUUGUAUGCAAUGAUCAAUGGAACUGGCGCAUCGCGACGAGCGACGUCUUAUUGUGUGUUCCCAUCAAGGUGUUGCCGAAGCAUUUUAAUUGCACAUUUGCACUGCUCGUAUUAUGCGCCAAGCGUACAAAUUUACUUGACGGCACCUUUGAGAGGAGGUGACUGGUGACAGGGCAGAAUGAGCUUAUUAUCGAGGACAAACUCUCCAUGUCCCGAAG